CACAAACACCCCCGAAGAUGGCGAACAUUGACAAGAAGUUGGCGAAAAGGCUGGCCAAGAUGCCCGAGGAGGAACGGCAGGCCUUCCUGGAGAACCUGCGGCUGCAGGAAGAGGAAAACAGGCGCAAGAAAGAGGAGCUGCUGGCGCGGUUUCUCAAGGACAAACUGGAGAAGGAGGAGAAGCUGGCAAAGGUGAACCAACUAAAGCUACAGAACCAGUGGAGAGUCAUCAUGAGAAAAAUGCGGGCGGAAGAGGUCCAGGGAGACGUUCGGAUAAUGAAGGAGACGUUUCAGAGGAAGGUGGACUGCAAGAACGCCCUCAUUCGCUCCCUGGCCAAGGACAUAGAAGAGGCAGAGGAGCAGUACAGAGUGUCCCUUCGGAGGCAUCUGGUGAAGUUGGAGGAGAUGCUGGCGUUCCAGCAGAAGAGGAUCAGGAAAUUGGAGCAAGAGUACGCUGAGGAACUGGAGACACUUCGAGCUGAGUUUGACAAAGAACGGAAAGGGAUAAUAGCACAGCACGAGGCAGAGAUGAAAGAGCUGAGGGACAUUCUCUAUACAAUGGAGCUACGCUACAGAGAGAGAGAGACUGACGCUGAGCACGAGUUCCAGGGAAUUAUGGACGACCUCAAGAACAAGCAUUUGGAGGACACGCAUGCUCUGAAGGCACAGUGCCAGGCGACGCUGGAUGCACUGUGGGCAGAGUUUCAGAGACAGACGCAGGAGUAUCGGCGGGCAACAGAGGAGAGGAAGAUGAAAUUCGAGGCUCUCAAGAAGAAAGACGAGGAGAGUGCGCACACCAUUGCCAGACAGAUGAGCAAGAUUCAGAAACUGCAGGACUCUAUAGCAGAUCUGAGAAGGAGGAUGGCGGCCAACACCAAAGAGAGUGAUGAGAAGACCAGAGCCAUCAAGGAGGUGAGACAACCAACCAACCAACCACACACCGUGAAAGAUAUCUCUAUUUCUGGCUGUGGCGCUGUCAACCGAAGGACCAACAAGCUGUGCUGACGAGGUUCAGAGAGCUGAAGAUGGAGAUGAAUGGCUCGAGAGAGGCAGAGAGGAAAAACCUGACAACACUCACCCUCCAGAGUGACGCAGCAAUGAAGGCCCUCCAGAGAACUAAGGAGAAGGGAGAGAGGAUUCUAACUCUAGCGGAGAUGUGUCGAAAGCUGGAGACUGAAGAAGAAAAGAUCCUGCCUUUCUACUCCUGUUCUCUGGAUGAAGAAGCCCAGAGCGAGGCAGCUAGUGUCUUGGGCCAACCUCCCUCAGAGGCACUGGCAAAAGUUAUGCAAGAGUACGGGUCACUGGAGAACUUCUGGAAGCGAUACAAUAAGGUCCUCCUGGACCGCCUGGCUCAGGACAAGGAGAAGGAGAUGAUGGAGAAGGAGAACCAGCAGCUAAAGGCCCUCCUCAAACAGUACCUCGAUGGAAUAUCAGUGAGUGAUGAGAUUUUGAGUCGAGCCAAUCCUCUGCUGGUGGUCAACCAUCGCACCAACCUACCAAAAUUGAAUAUUCCAGUGGGGGAUCCGAGAGUACAGAGGGCAAGAGUCAAUGUUGUUGAAGCAGCCCAUGCAGUGAAGAACAUAUUAUAAACAUUAUGUCAUAGUUACCUCAUUUCUUCACACAUUCUUCUCAUAGUCACUUCCGUUUCCGCACUGUAUUUCCGCUGAUAAAGCUGCACACCUUUUGCGGUCUACCAGACGAAUAAGAGAUGGCAUCCAAAGCAGUAGCCGCUAAAGCCUCUCCAGCAACGGCCGGGAAGAAGCUGCACGCCCCUCAGCCGCAGGCCAAGGUGCGCAUCAACUUCAAGGAGCCGCUGAAGACGGGAUUCCUGUCCAAGGCCGGCAAGACCAACAAGUCAUUCAAGAACCGCUUCUUCGUCCUCUACAAGAAUUUUUUGGUGUACUAUGACGACGAGACGAAGUGGAAGAGAGACGUCACUGUAGAAAGACUAGAGUCAAGGAAUGGUGCAGUGAACCUGACUGGAGCUGUGGUCUCCAUCCCAUCGGGAGAAAUGGGAGUUUCCUUUGGUUUUCUUCUGAGGGCUCCUCACAACAGCAACAAGAGAGAUAUUUUUCUACUGGGAACGUCCAGCGAUGGUGAGCGGUUGGCAUGGAUGGAGGCAAUGAAAGGUGCAGCUGCUCCUAAACCUGCAGACGAGAAAAAAUAAUGCCAUAAAAAGUGUUUUUUUUAUUUGUCGUUCCAAAUUAUGCCGGUUUGUUAUUAAAAAUUUUUUUAACCAGCUGAUGUGUAAUCUAAUUGAUGCGCACCACCGAAGCGGUUGCAGUUUGAGAAGAGUGAUGCGAUGGUUGUGAAGUAGGGGGCAAUGGCCAGUGGCAGGUCUAAGUCUUCUUCGCUCGGGGAGAUGGCGGCUGUCCGACUUUGGCCGUGCGCGCGGCCGCUAGAGUGUGGAGUUAUUCCGCAACAGCAGCAGCGAGAGAGGGGAGGCGGCAGGUUCUCGAGCCAGGCACUGAAGAAGAUGCUGCUGUUCGCGAAAACCAAGUACGCAAAGAGCUACCCUUGGUUGAGCUACGCAGUGUGGGCUCACCUGGCACGGAGCAGACUCCAUAUGACAGACGAGCUAGCCUGGCUGUACUUCGAGACUUUCGAUGUGGUGAGUGAGUUGCAGGUGGAGGAGAGGGUGAAGAUGAUGGACAUGAUGGCCAAGUGUGCCUCGCAGGAGGAGAGGGAUCGUCUGAAGAAGAAGAUGAGUGUAGAUGCGCCGAGAUUCUUCCUCUUUCUAUUCCUGCAAAAUGCUCCGCGGCACUCCCUCAAGGCUCCUCUCAUUACUGGAGACGAAUGGCCGUCCCAGGAAGGAGAAAAGCGACCUCAGAGCUCAGAGUAUGCUCAUCUGGAGUUCCUGAAAUCACACAUCUCCAGCAUCCUCAACCUCAUCUCCGAGACAGAGGGAGAGUACCUGACUCUGAAAGGACUGUCGGCUCUAGACUUUGCAGUCCAGGGGUGCAGGGGAAGGUCUCCUCAUCAGCCUCUGGGGGAGCUGGCCACACACCCUGACGAGAUUCCGCUCUCUGGCUUCUCCCAGGCCAGUGGGAGAUUCUCUCUGUCUCAACUGGAGCAGUGGGUGGCCAGCCAUCUCUCCCUCUCUCCCCUUGGUCCCCACGCCAUCCGCAGCGGGUCUCGCGACAAAAUCUGCCCCUGCUUCAGGAGCGAUACCCUCGGGAGGAUCGCCACCAACAGCUCUGUGACUCCAGUCUCAGGGCAAGCGUGUGUUUUGCUGCACAAGAUAAGCAAGCAGACUCUGGCCAAAGAGGAGGGAGGGUUGAGGGGUAACUCAGUCUACAUUGACAACUGCCGCAGCUCAAGAAUAUAUCUCCUGGCUCCAAUGAAGUCGGUGCAUGUGGAGAGGUGCUCCCACUGUCUCCUGGUGCUGGGGCCCGUGGAGGUGACAGUCACCAUCAGCAACUGUACCAGUCUCGUCCUCGUGGCUGCCUGCAGGAGACUACACGUCAGCUCCUGCUCUCUCUGUGACCUCCAUCUGCUGACUGCCACACGCCCCGUCGUCUCUCCUCCCUCCCGCCAGUUGACCUUUGCACCCUACAACACACACUACCCACAACUAGAAGAACACCUCAAAUGUUGCGGGCUCCCUGUGACCUUUAACCUCUGGAACCGCCCCCUCUACACUGGCUCAGUUGAGAGUGAGACUGAGGUUUGGACGGAACUGGACCCUGACUUAUUUCGACCGUUCUCUGUUCCAUUCCAAUUGUCGGGGGACACCCUGGACAAUCCUUGUCAGCUUCCACUGAAGUACAGAGAGGCUUUAGACAGGAGAAAGAAGAGAACUAGCGAGUGGUACGGUGAGGUGAAGGGGGCGGGGCUGAGUCCAGAGCAGGGGCAGCAGCUGCAGACCAGAGUCCAGGACCACUUCCAGGAGUGGCUGGAGACCACGGGACAUGGGAGGGAGAUCAGAGAGCUGGAGAUACCCAAGACCACCACCUCCACCACCGCCAGAACUAAGAGACCUACCUCUCACUAGCUGGCCUGGACUGAUACAAGUAGCCACCUCUUGUGAUUAUGUUUGGCGUCAUGAUUUCCUAGCAUAGCCACAGGAAAACUAGGAUACA